AUUCGUACCUGGGCUUUUAUUUUGAAAGGUUUAACCAGAACUUUGGCGUGUUAUUACAUCUACCUUGACGCUGGUCGCCGCUCUCUGCUGUCCCCCCUCAAGAAGCAGCAUCCGCGGCUCCCCGCAGAGGACAGCGGGUGUUUGUAGGACACAGGGCCCGCGGAGGGAGGGGUCCUGGCCUGGGCACGGAUCCCGAAGAGGCCCCGGGGCCGCCGCUGGAUGGAGUCGGGCUGCAUUCAGACAGCAAUGGCUAUGGGUCUGGCAUCGAAAAAGGCGUCUGCUAGGAGCAUCGGCGUGGAGCGAAAAAACCUCAUCACGGUUUGCAGGUAUACAUCACGACACCUUAGACAGACUAGAUUCUCAGCAAAUACCUGUUCCGACAAGGUAUUCAGUCUAUUAUUUUAAUUUUUUGACAAGCAUGGAUGUUAUUGAAUGAGCUAAUCCCAGCCCAGUUAUGUGAUGGGAACAAUGGCAGGAGGGAGUGAAACGGAUGAAAGAUAAUGUAAAAUUAUUCUUGAAAUAAAGGGGAUGGAGAGGGCGCAGGUUCGUUUUCACCUUCACACAUCCCAACUGUCACAACAAUCAAUUCAGAAUUUAGAACUUAUCCUUAAAUUUUCUUUUUUCUCCUUCUGUAAUAGAGUUUAUACAGCCUUUGUAUUUCCCCGAUGUACUUAAAUGUUACAUUCCUCUAAACAUGAUGGGAUUGAUGCUUCUUCUGUAGAUGGUUCCCAACACCAUAUGGAGGAUGUCUAUUCUAUUUCUGGUUAACACAGCUGCUUGAUGCCUGACCUUUCUAAUAGUCAGUUCAAUAUUGAUAGAAAUCAAAAUGUCACUGAGACCUCUAGGUUGUUAUUGCAAACCAAGGAUGGAGCUGGAGAAAAUUGCAACAGCAGGUCUCCUCCUCCAUCACAGCCUGUAUGGGACAAGGACAUUGGCAGCAGUGAAAGGACUCCUCCCCCCAUCAGUGGCCCUCAGCCUGCACUGUGCACAGUACAAUGAGAGCUGAUAGACCGUGAUGUCAAGUCUGACAGUGAAAUAUGACCCUGAUAAAUCACUCUGUGGAACAUUUUGGUAGAGGUUAGGACUGUAGACUAUAAUAUGAGAGACUUGAGCCCAGCUAGUUGUGUAAAUGACAUCUCUUAAAGUCAGUUUUCUCUCACAGUUAUGUCAACUGUUUUCAAAGUCAUGUGUUGUGUAUCUGCAUGUGUUUCAGGCUAAUAUCUUAGGAACCGACUAAACAAAAAACAUCUUCAUGCAACCAUAAAUCUGUAAGUUAAGUUUAAUAUGAAAAACUUUGAUAAGCUAGUAUUUGUUCUGGGUAUUUAGUCAAAUAUUUAAUUUUCAAUCUUUAACAAGUAUAAUCAUCAGUCCUCUCUGGUGUAUUCUGUAAAUCUUUAUCAUACAGAGUUUUAUGCUCUUUAAACCUGUCAGUUUAUAGUGCUCACUUUAUGUGUCAGUAUAUAACAGGGAGAUUGAGUUGCUAAUAGCCCAUAAUUAUACUCAUAUAGAAGACAGCCACAUAUUAAUUUAAGGAGUAGUUGUGCAAGGUCUACAAAUGUGGCAUCUUGCACCCAUACCCUGCUCUGCCUUUGCAUGUAUUUUAAUUGAUCGAUUGUGUUGUUUCAAACUAAAAGUGACUCCCCAAAACUAUAAAAUGAUACUGUCCACACUCCAAGUAAACACACAAUCAAGCCUUUUUAUUCCAGUACCUCUCGGUCCAAGGUUCUGUCUGAAUUUUAGUGACACAUACAGAUAAGCAAAACACACGAAAUUACACACAGCGUGCCUGCAAAGAAAGGAAAGUUCUCACAUAGACUUACACACACAGAAAGAUUAACAAGGCCACAAAGAGACUGUUGUUUUCAGUUCAUACCGGCUGUGCUAAAACCUAAUUAAUCAUUUCAGCAUUUUAAUGACAAACUCACAGGACAAGACGGAAAAUAAAUAUCAAAAAGCUUUCUGUCAGUUAUGCUCACUAAACAGCUUCUUUCCGUUUUCCAAGCAACAACAUGAUGCUGAUUAGGUUCAGUUGGAGGGCAGCUUCUUCCAGGCGUGGCAGCUUUGCUGUCUGAGCUGCAUCUCCUAGUUCUGGAUGUUUCUUUGAUGCCGCUCUGCUCGGAGUUGAUUCAAGUAGUCAAAGGUUGUUGUGAGUUCGUGUAGUCUCACUGGUGAGAGAUCCUGAAUCAGCAGCAGGCCUCUGGCUGUGCAUUAAAGCGGGAGGUGAAUCAUGUUGGUGCAGGAUCCAGGCUCCAUCCUGCUGCUGAGACACAUGGCCCUGGCUACAGUAGCUAAGCUGACAUUAGUGCUGUAUUAGUAAACCCGACCAAGUCUUUAUUUCCAUUUAUUACAAGUGUGUAUACAUAAAGUCUGACCUUUCUGUCAAAUCAUACAUGUCCAAAUCACUGCCUGCACACACAGAUUAACAUUUUCAACUUCUAAUGACAUAUGUCUUUUGUGGCACUUAAAAGAAAGAAGCUUUUUUUCUGGUCAGUUUAAGGGUGAAGAAAUUCAAGAUUUACAUGAUCUGGCUUCACGUGGAUCACCAGUAUCAGGCACUAGACUUGCAUAUUUCUUAUCUUGGUUUCAGUGGCUUGUUUACAGAGUCAUAUGUCACAUCAUUUUAACUAGGAACACAUAUGUACAGCAAUAGAAGUUUGUGUACAAUAUAGGAAACCUGAUCCAAUAUUUGAACCCGCCUGAAGUGGCUGUGUCAGGGACUUAAUGGUGUUACAAAAAAAGAACUGUUUCAUUAAAGACUGAAACAAAGAUUUUAUCAUGAAUUAUAAUGGCAAAGAAAAUCACAAAAGAGACUACUGCAGUCAGGUCAAAAGAUGUGACAAAAGCUGUCUGGGAAGAGGCACCUUGGAGUGAAAUUAAAGGCUUUCACAGGCCCACAAAAAUCCUUUUCUUUACUUUGAAACAAUAAAAGGAAAAAAAAAAAAGAUUUUUGUCACAGUUUUUGACCUGACAUCAUCAGAAAAUCAGAGGGAACUUUGUCAUAAUGGCCUUGGAGAGACUGGUUGAUAUGUAUCAUGUCCAUAGUGACAGCAGUGUCAUUGUGGUCUACUGAAUCCAUGUGCUGUUGCCACUAGCAACAGGUAUCAUCUUAUAAUAGCAGAGCUGAGACUUUCUGCAGUCAGUGGGAUUCUUCCUGCAGAUCCAGUUUGUUUAUCUGAGCUGAAUUUGACAAAGGUUGAUGAUCAAUAAUCAAACGGCCAUUAGUUUACAGGCCACCUGCUGCACUGUUACUUCUAAAACGGACUCUUUUGUUGCUUGGGUUUGGCUAAGAGCACUCACGCCGUUGUCCAUGACUGGAGGAGCAGUGUUGCUUUGGACAUGGUGAACCUAAGAAAACAUAGAUAGAUGGGUGAGACAUGACAGAUCUGGUCUUAGGUGUUAUCCUUCUAUCUGCUGUCUGUAAACAGGAGCGACAGGGAGUUACGGGGGGAGAAGCAGAGAUGUUGGCUCAAGUGUGGCUUUUCUUGGGUGUGGCUUUGGGGUAGAGAAUAAAAUGUUCUGUGCUGUGGUAAACUACAUACUUCAUGGAGAUGCUUCUGCAAGUGGGAGGCUCUUUGUGCUUUUCUGGACAAAAGUGAAGGGUGCCACUUUCCACCUUUCUCUUUUCCAGUUUCAAGGAAUUACAUCAACAAAUCUUCUCCAUGAUUUCAAAGGCUAACCUGAUUUUCACCAUUUUCAUUUAGAACAACAGAAGUUCAUGUAUCUCACAUCUGCUCUCUCACCAGCAAUUUCUCUGUGACCACCCUACCGUUCAUCACUUUACCCCUCUGUCCUCUCAAAACAUCAAAUAUACCUUCUUGUUGCUUCUCAAUCAAACACCCUCACUGUCUCUCCUGCCCACUUUUCCCUCUCCACCUCCUCUGACCUUGCAACACUUAGCGUGAGCGCUUCACAGAGGGGUCCUGCAAGUGAGAGAGAGAUACACAUCAUGCUGCAUUUGCAUUCUUACACCAAGAAGUCUACUUAAAUUUGACCCAAAUGAUACACGUCAUUCUUUCUCUCAGUUUCUUGUGCUGAUCCAGGACAGGACAAAACUUCUCCACCGACAGUUCAAGAUGAAAUAAACAGCACUGACUGGUGAUACACAAUGCUGCAGCCAGCAAGGAGUCCGCCUGUGUCAUCUGAUCCUGUUGCUUAUGCCAAUACUAUAAGGAGAGAGAAAAAGAAGAAGAGAGAGAGACAGAGUGGGAAAGGGGUCAGGGAAGUGUCUAAGGGGGUGAGAUAAGGACAAAAAUGAAAGCUGAGAAAGUGAAAGUGAAGCUUUGUGGGUGUUACUGCUACUAAAUGUCAUUCUGCUUAUCUCAGGUGAUGCUGCAGAUCAAACAGAAUUGUGUAAGUACAGUAGAGGGUUACGAGAGGAGAACAAGAGGGCAUUUAAAUAGAGCAGAGAGUGGGCUUGGCAGUGAUCCAGGCUGAGCGAGAGGGGGCACAAAAGAAGCUUGUCAGAAGGACCUGCGGUUGUUUUUCAGUGUCAAAUCGUACCAAGAGCAUGUUGCCAUUCCUCUCCAUCCAUUAGCAUCAGAGGCAUGCCAGCAAUUCCCCUUUAGAUCAAAGGACUUGAACUAAAGUAAGAAAUGUCUGCUGACAUGUUGCUUUUAGGAUAAGACUGCCUCUUUUUCUUCUCAGAGAGGCCUUUUGAAAGACUUUCCUCUGGUUUGAUAUUAUUCAUAAAACAUCAACAGACAAGCUGUUCGGCCAUGAAUCAAUGGUUCCCAUACUGGGCCUGGGAACCACUGGGGGCACUUGAGGGUUUUCCAAGGGCUCUGCUCCCUGAUUUCUUGUUGCAUGUGUUGUUUUUAGAUUUGUAAGUCUGCACAAAGGCUUAGAGUAUGACAAGCUUUAGCUGUGUUUUUCACCACACACAUUUCUUGCUAAAUCUUGGAUCAGAAUUUUCAGAUUUCUUCAGAGUCACGCCAAACAAAACAAAUCCCCUCUUAUCCUCCAGACAAAGUCCAAGGAGCACCUGGGAUUGAGAGCCUACCUCCUAUUUUCCCAUUUCUGCCCAACACACCUGGUAGUAUGUAUGUCGGGUCGUGGUGGAGUUUAGCUCAUACUCACUCAAACUUUACCUAAGAUACUCAAGCCCAAUUAAACCGUGAAACCUGAUUGACCCACUUGGUCCUUCUGAUAAUAUUAUAAGACAGAUUUAAGAUGCCACUGACCUGUUUUCUUGGUAAAUCCGACAUGAAAACAAACAAGUCAAAGGUCCAAAAGCAAAUUUAAUCCAGUUUUGGGCCUCAGUUGGAACAGACCCCAUGAAGAUGCAGUAGUGUUGUCCAUAUGUUUUCUGUGAUGGUGCCGUUUUCUUGUGACAUUUUUUACCAGUCCCCCCACCCCACAAUGAGGUCCCCUCUCAUCUAAAGCGUUUUGCGUUUCGGGAAAAUGGCUCUCCGAAAAGAGGUGGUGGUAGAGCCUCUGCUGAAGGAGGCGCCGCCCAGGGAGAUCUUGGUCUUCCCGCUGGUUAUGGUGGAGGAGCCCAGAGAUGUUGUGCUCUUGCCCCUGGAGAUGGAGGAGCUUCCCAUGGCCAGCUUGCUCUUGCCCCUCUUUAUGGAGGUGUUGCCCACAGUUAAGGCCGUCUUCCCCUCGGUGAAGCUGGUGUUGCCCAUUGGGGAGAAGCUCUUCUUCCUGACCCAGAUUCGACGGCAGGGUUUCGGAGCUCACUUGGCGAAAAGCAUCACACACUCUUGCAGCACACCCUGCUCAGCCCCACGGGGAUAAUAGUAACAUCAGCUACGAUCCAGAGCAGACCAGAAUGCUAAGCGUGGAUAGCACGACCCCCGUGUCACAUAAUGCCUUCGUUGAGCUGAUCGACGUGGGCUUUGGAAGGCCACAUACCACCCCUGUGUCCCCGUGAAUAGACAGAGGCAGCCGUAGGUGGCCACAGCCUAUCUGGGCGGUACAGGACAGUGGAGUGAUUGUCCCAUUGCAACGACGACACCGGACGGUUGAAGGACACAUUGUUGCAAAGAGGGCUAUCUGCGGUGACAUCACUUUCUUCUGGACCAUUGUUCCCUAUAGCCUCUGAUUGUAAGACAUGGCCUAUGUGAAUGACUGUAUACACCAUAUGUGAAAUGAGUUGCUCAGUGUUAAGUUUGAUAAAAGAAAGGAAAAACGUCUCCAUGCUCUCCACAUGUAGCCAAAGCUUUGAUUGCACACUUCCCUUUAAUUUGUUCUUUCAUUGAAAACAUGGGUGUGGUUCCCUCAGACGAUGUUUGCCGCCCACAUCUGUGUUUUCAAGUUAUCCGAGUUCUUACCAUUUAUGUCAUUUAGAUCCAAGAAUAGACCCCCAAAUCUUAGAUCUAUUUACAAACCAAUCAAGCCAAGCAUUGUUUAGACAUGUUACUUUUAUAAGCAUUAUUACAUCAACCAGAUCCAAGUUUUCUGGUUCAGAUCUGUUCCCUGGUGGACAGUACGGCAGUAUAGUUAUUUAAACACAUGCAGACUUUACAAUAUCUACUUAUCUUAUCUACAUAAACAAAAAAAUCCACAUUCAUACCAAAGGCGUACACAUGUUGUUGGCUGGACAUGCGCAAUGCACAGGACAGUAGUGCUGAUGAAAAACACACGGUCUCUUGUGUCUCCACAAAUAUCUCACAUGGUUGUUUCACAGUUACCCUCCCUGCCACGUAGAUACACUAGAAAGCAUCAUCCCGUCACCGUCACUUUGAGUAACACCCUCAGCAUGGCUUCAGAAGAUCUCACUUUUGAUUGGGAACCAUUAGACCUACAAUUAGCCCCUUUCUUUCUUUGUAAUCCACUUUUGUACUUUGUGCAAAAAAGUAACUGAUGUUACCUGUUAUUCCUGAAACACAUUAAUCACAAACAUAGCAGCUUCUUUUAGACUAAUACUACUGACCUGCUAAAACUGACCAGAUAUAAACAUCCUUGCGUUUUUAAGUGUGUGCAGGAAUCAUGUAUGAAAAUUCCAGUAGAUGUUGCUGUGCGUUUCUUUGCCCCUGAUGAGAGUGGUUUUGAACACAGACACAGACUUGGUCCCAUGGGUAAAGGUCACAGUGGUGAGAGAACUUGUGGUCUCCCCUCGUGUAACAGAAGUUGUGCCCACUGCUAAGCUGGUGUUGCCCAAAGUUAUGGUUGUUCUGCUCCAGGAGAUCGAGUAUUUGCCCCAGGAGAUGGCGUACUUAGUCCUCAGGAUGGAAACCUUGCCCUUUGUGAAGGAGGUCUUGCUUGACGAGAAUGUGGUUUUCCACUCAUUGUUAGAGUCUUGUUUUGGCUGCUUGGCUGCCUUGGGUGUCUUAGCCCUGGCCUCAGGGGUCCUUUCCAUCUAGGUGUUCCUGCGCUUGGACAUCAAGGCUUUCCGAAAGGAGGUUGUUGUGGUUCCCCGGCUGAAGCUGGCCCGUCCCAGAGCCACAGUCGUCUUUUGCCUUUGGAUGGUGGAAUCUCCCAUGGAGGUGGUGGUCACUCCCCUGAAGAUGGAGGAGUUGCCUAAGGAGACGGUAGUCUUUCCCCUGGCUAUGGAGGUGCUUCCGACUGCCACGGCAGUCUUGCCCUCUGUAAUGCUUGUGUUUCCCAUCUAAGCAGCGGCAGUCAGCCCGAGCCCGUGCCUGGAUGCCGAGCUCCUAUCAUACAAGCUGCAUAGCUGUCCUAGUGCAGCAGGGUGGUCUUGUGAGGUCAAAAACCAAACUGAAGUAGCAACGUCGGCUUCCCUAAAUAGAUCAGACCACCAUGUAUAGAUGAGUGGGAGGGAAUUAUUUGAUCAUCCUUUGAUAAUGGCCGGUCCCUCAGAGAGACGAGACCCAAAGGGACCUGGACACACAGCAUGCACAAAGGCUGAGAGAGACAGGGGGUUAAUUGUAUUGUUUUCAGGAUAACACUGCCAAAGCACUGAAGGGGAACAUUGUGUAGUACACAAGACAAUUGGGGUGACCUCAGUAUGAUAAGAUGGCGUGGUUCCCAAAAACAAAAACUCCCUCCUCCCUGCCAUUGUUGUAGGGUUCAAAUACAGUACAACAUUUGUCUGUACGGGUACAGUAUACAGAUGCAUUUCAUCAGCUUCUACAGCGCACAGCCAAGUGACAGUAUAAAUGGCUAACUGAGGCAAAGUAGGAAUUUUCUCCAAAGUAGUAUUUUUUUUCCCCCGUGGUGUGAAUUCCUUUGUCUCCGUCUUCUUCUCUUUUAGAUUCUCCGUAAAGACUCUCCUCGAAAAGUACACCACAGAGCCCAUAGAUGACUCAUCCGAGGAGUUCAUUAACUUUGCCGCCAUUUUAGAGCACAUCUUAAGCCACCGCUUCAAAGGUAACACUGCAGGUAACAUACAGGAAAGACAGAAAAUUUUCAGAAGAAAAAUAAAGAUAAUAUGUUAUAAAUUAAUAGCAAUCCUUGUACACUUGAUAUUGUAAACAUAAAGGGUAAAGAAAAAAGUUGUACCAUGAAAUGUCAGCUGUACUGUUGCAUGAUGAAUCUGUGAGCUGUUUUCAGAGCAAAGUGACUCAUUGCCAGGUUUUAAUUUUGGACCAGGUUCAGGGAGCUGGUUCAGCUCAGAUGGACAGCGCAGUUUUUGGGAAUAUAUCCGGCUGGCAUGCAGCAAAGUGCAGAACAACUGCAUAGCAAGCAUCGAAAACAUUGAGAACAUCAGCACAUCAGGAGCCAAGGCAAGGAUAUUUGUGUGCAUGACUGAGAGUGUAUCUGUGUGGGGCACUGCAAGCCGGUGCAGUAAAGAGGGCCCUCUGUUGCUGCUCACUCUCUGUGUUGUCUUUCAGGGACGUGCAUGGAUUCGAGUCGCGCUGAUGGAGAAACGUCUCUCUGAAUAUGUGUCCACUGCUCUGAGAGACACAAGAACAACCAGGUCAGACCAGUGCCUGAUGAAAGAAUCAGUUCUGAAAUACAAAUCCUCCUCUUUUUGUUUAUCAUCAUUUUUCCUUUUUAUCUUAGGUAUGUUAGAUUACAAACUAUUUACUCUUUUCAACACUAAAAUGUGGGAACGUCCUGCUCAUGUUUAAACAAUGAGCUUAAAGGGGUAUUCAGGCGUAAGUUCAAGCCAUGGUCAAACACACCGUAACACCCCGUUAGACACCCCCUCGAAGGAUGUUGCCGACUGCUUGCUUCUCUAGUUAUACCAACUUUAUUAGCUAUUGCACAAUAGCAAUACACAGCAGUCUAUGGAUCCAUGUGCAAACCACAACCCUAGUACUAUCCAUCAAACAUCUUUUUCGCUUUGCCUGGUUUCUUUAGCAGAGAGACCUAACACAACUAACCCACUCUCCUCCAGCAGCCGCUUGUUUUUGGGGGAGCCCUGACGAGUCAAUCACCAAGUGCAGCGGAGUUUUGCAUCUCAAGGAAGAACAUUUAUGAUUACUCAGAGCUAAAUCUGGAACCGCUGUCAUAUAUGAUACGACAGUGCAACACAAUAUAAGUAGAAACGGUACAUUACAAUAAAACGUAAUUAUGAAUAUUUAUAUUCAAUGAUUUCAGACUGAUGCCAACGAAGUAAGAGACAAUUUGGAAAAAAACAUAAAACAUUCAUGUAUCACCAGCAGCUGAAUUAACUCACAUAGACUGAUAUAGUGUGACAUUAUAAGAUAUUUAUAUCAGCAAACAUAAUCAUCUAUCCAUCUGACAGGAGGUUCUAUGAUGACGGAGCCAUCAUGCUGAGAGAGGAGGCCACUGUGCUGACCGGCAUGCUGAUCGGCCUGAGUGCCAUUGACUUCAGGUGAAAAUAUACAACACACAUUUAGAAUAUUCUCAUGUCAAGGCUAUUUAAAGGUACUAUUAUGUGCACCCUGACUUUUUUAGAUCAACAAAGACACGUGGUAUGAUUCUGUAUGCUAACCUAAAGCAGACCUUUUAAUACGGACCAGAAUUUUGCAAUACAAGAAUCCAAGUCGCGCAGGGAAUUCCAGACUCUUUUUUUCAUUAAUGAAAAUAAUAUACUGUAUAUUAUGUGUCAUAACUAUAUUCAGGAUUCCAGCUCAAUGUUUAUUAGCUACUUUUGUGACCUAGCCUGUCCUGUUACAUUUUUUCUUCUGAAUGUCUGAAAUUGAUGUGAGGGGGAAGGUGUCAGUGGAGUUGCCACCGAAAAAAAAGCCCCUGUUUUAAAUCGUCCAUGUUAAAUACUCUAAAAAAAAAUUAAACUCCAAAAGUCAGCACUUGACUUUCUACUUCAACAGCACUCUACUUGAACAUGUAGAGGACAAGACAAGUAAAGACUGCUCUGUCCCACAGGGGGCGCCAGAAUUGACACAAACUGAAAGUACCGCAUAGGAGCUUUAAUCCAAAACCAGUCACUUGUCUUUUUUACAGUUUCUGCCUAAAGGGGGAGACUCUGGAUGGGAAGUCCCCAGCUGUGAUUGACUACACACCCUACCUGAAGUUCACUCAGAGGUCAGAUUAUCCCAGCUUAUCCUGUCACUCAACUGUUAGCACCACAUUUCUGUAUGCAUGAAAUUGGAGACACUUCUCUCUCUGCAGCUAUGACUACCUGAGUGAUGAGGAGGAUCGUCACAGUGUUGACAGCAGCAACAGUGAGGAGAGCGUUCCAGAGCAUCCCUACAUCCCCCUGGUGACAGACGAGGAGAGCUGGAGCAACAAGUGUCGUAAGAUGGAGCAGAGGUUUAAGAUUGUUUACGCCCAGAAGGUGAUUUACAAAUGCAAGCAUCAGAUAAAUGCUGUUUUUGUGUUUACUGGUAUAAACACGAGCCUGUUUUCUUUACGUUGCUUUGGCAGGGUUAUCUAGAAGAGCUGGUGCGCCUGCGAGAGUCGCAGCUGAAGAACAUUGAGACUGAGAACAAAUGUCUGAGAGCCAAGGUGGAGGGGCUGACGGUCCAGAGCCAGCAGGAGAAGAAGGAGUUGGAAGCUAUCGUGCUGGAGCUGCAAGCACAACUGUAAAAAAAUACAAGAAUACGAGAACAUUCGGAUUAUGCUCACCUAGGGCUGCACGAUUAAUCGAUUUUAAAUCACAAUUGGAUUAUUUGAUUAUGACGAUGUUAAAAAAAUUAAAAUCAUCGAAUUGAUUUUCCUCUCUAUCAUGUCCCGCGCCUCCAGGCCACCGUAGGCUUCCCCUUCCUGCAGGUGCGCUCCCAAAUUGCCACGCACACCGGUGUAAAAAACAUGGCAUUUUCAAAAGAAGGUGAUAAUUAUGUGUCUAAAUAGGACAAGAGCAAGUCAGUCAUUUGGAAUUGGUACAACUUCGCAGUUUUGGAUGAAGAGCAAACCACUCCCCGCUACAAAGUUUUUUUUAUCGUAUCAGCGUUUCAUCCACACAGAAAUGGCAUUUCGGGUGACUGUAAAUGGUACUUUUUAAAAAUGGGUCAGAGAGUGCAUAAAUCUGUAAUCGACUACCAUUUGAUCUUCGUGUGGAUGCCUAUCUGCAUCUUUUGAAAUGAUUUAAGUGACACACAGCGUAGCUCUUUUAUGGCGCCUGCGCGUGUCGGGCCAAAACAACCUUUAUAUGCAUACUCCAUACUCUUCUUCUGUCUUUUGUGCAUAUCCUCAGCAGCGUUACAGCACCACAUACUGGCUUGGCAUAUACACUACAUAGUUUUCAGUGGUUUCGGUUCGAGGGGUGAUUGAAAAACUUAUUUGGUGAAGUUAUCAUUGAAUAAAAAAUCUAACUCAAAAAUCAGAUGUUCAGAGAGACAAACCGGGAUUAAACUUUUUGCCAAAAUCAUGCAUCCCUACGCUCACCUGAUCAAAAAGUCUGCUUGUUUCAGUAAUGUCUUUAAUAUGGAGGUGGAUAUGUGCCUCUGAAUUGACUCAUGUAUUGUGUGCUUCAUGCAGCUCUGCCCUCAUGCCCUGUGAUUCCUCCCAUCUGGCUAAAGAUUUUUCCAUCCCGCUGGUCAACCAAUGGUCCACCAUCACAAGCAACCAGGGUGACGUCAAGCUUUUCCGCAGGUAAUUUGACACUAGCUUUGCAGCAAGGAGGUAAGCAUGAGCUUUCAACAUACAGGUCAUAGCAGCUUCAGUUAUUUUGAUCACAACAGCUGCUUUUUUAGGAGGAGUUUCCACAGUUUGGAGCAACUGUCUGAUGAAGUCACUCUGAACUCUGGCUGCCAGAAGGUUGAUGGGAGACAGAAUGGAGAUGCAGCUUGGGCCGCACCAGGUAAAAAAGGCCUCAGUGACCCCCUGUGAUCCCAGUCCAAAAAAAAGAAAAGACUAACAAAGCCACAGAAAUUCAGCUUGAAGAGGAUUAUAUUUGUCUCAUUCCACUGCUGUAUAAAGCCAUUCAGCUGCAGCCACCCAUGUACAUGCACAUACAUACUCACACAAAGACAGGCUUGAGGCCUGUUAUUGGAGCUUCAAUGUGGGCAGCUUAAACUAUGCAUGCUCAGCAACUUGAUUUCACAGUUUCUUCUCUCUGUUAUGUCCCCACAGGAAAAGAAGACACUCCAUCCAUGCUCGGUCUGUGCGGCUCUUUGGCGUCUUUGCCAAGCUCCAAGUCCCUGGCUAGCCUCAAGUCCAGUGAGUGUUUGGUCAGCAUCAGCACCGAACCCAGCCCUGCGCUCUCACCCAGCUAGGAGCUCCACACCAACAACAACAACAACAACAACAACAACAACAACAACACACAACAAAAUCAGAGAUUUAACCCCCAGCCUGUCUGCCUGGUGAUGCUGCGUUAAUCAUGCCACAACCAUAACCCUGUUCCCACAAUUUACCUGGACCCUCAACAGCUCCACUAGAACACAAAAGGAACAACAUCUCUGGAUUUUUGUUCACAUGAGAGGGACGUCAUCAUGAAGUGGAGAAGAUCCAUCUCUUUUCUUUCCCUUCUCCUCGCCUUAUCAGCUCAAACUCUCCCAUAACCACUUUGUACUAUCAGUGAUCACUCCAGUCAGAAUGAAACUCCUGUCUUUCCUUCAAUGAUAUUCCCACCCUGCUCCUUAUUUGAAUAUCAGUGUCCUUCCUAUAUGUGCAUUUAUGUGACCUAUUUUAUUUAUUUUUAUUGUCAAAAUGAAACCCCUUCACAGACAGAUGUGAUGAUCAUUUUAAGAGAUGCAGAUGAUCCAUAUGAGGUAGAGGAUGGGUUCCUAUACUUUAAAAAAAUGUUUUAUGACUGUAACAGAAUCAUGUCUGAGGAUUGUCAUCCUUAAAAGUGCAUAUCACUUCUGCUUGAGUAAUCAAACAUGGUUUCAGUAUGAUCAGAUCUGUGCAGCUAUUUAUUGAUUAUAUCAAAUCUUAAGCUAUCACAUUUUUUUUUUUGGUCAAAUUUCAUUCAGUAUGUUCUCCUUAAAUGCAUUUAUUUGGUUAUUUUUAUUUGUUAUGUGUUGCAAUAAACUGCCUUUUUCCAUUAUAUGUGUCUGUUAAAUGUCUGUGUGGUGGAUUUGACUGCGUUGAGUUAGGACACACUUCUCAGAACUGUUUAUGAGUUUUUUUCAUCAGUAAAGAACAAACAGUUUGGUAGUGGGGGGAACAUUCAGUUCCUCUUGAUCCAUACAAAACAAGGGAAGUCAGUUAUCUACGUCAAUCCAUAAAAGCCUCUUUCCAUAUGUUUAAAUAAGAUUCAUUGAAAAAGAUAUGGAGGCAUGGACAGUCGAAAACAAAGGUCAAACAGGUCAUAGACAAACAUUGGCGAUGUUGGCUGUGGCGCUCUGGUUCCAUCUUGUGGUUGACAUAGUCAUGCAACACGAUGCUUAAAUGACUGGAGGUAUUCAUUUAAAGCUCCCGUGUGGAGUUUUUCAACUGUUUGUGAGAUAGAUGAAAAUGAACAAUGAUGCCUUUCUAUGACCUACGAAAGCAAAAGAGGCCGUCAAUAACAAGACUGACAAUUCCAGUUGCGAAAUUUUUAAAGCCUGCACCCACUAUGAGGAAGUUUGUGCCAGACUAGAAGAUAAACAGACUUUUUCACCAUUUACACAGCGAAUACCCACAUUUAUAUAUUUAACAAAUAGAAAGCAAGAAAGGAUUUUUGUCAGAGCCCAACCUACACAAGAACAGAGCAAGAUCAGCAAAGAGAAGAGAUAUUCUGUCCACAGAGGGCGCCAAAAUCAACACAGAUGGGGAGUUCCUUAGAAGCAGCAUCAACUGGCCGCGGAUAUUAUCAACAACAUUAUGUGUAUGUCGUCACAACUUUCCUGGAUCUCAUUUUCUGUUUAAAGCUCCAGACAGGAACUUUUGAUUUUUGUUUGUUUUGGUGCCCUCUGGAGACAAAGCAGGCUUUGCAUAUAUUGUCCUAUCAACGCUUGAGUAGUGUCUGCUGAGAUGUCUUCAUUCUGACUUCUGAAGAUCAAAUUGAUUUUUCAUGGUGAAUACUUUAUAUGGAAAGUGUGAUAAGGGCAGUUCCUUUAGCUGCUUGGCCCUCAGACAUUAAAAAUUACAAUCUAGAAAAAA